AUGGGGUUCGACACUGCCAAGACCCGUUUUCGGGGCAAAACUGCCUAUCGCAUGAUGGCAGCCAGUUGUGCGAUGGCAUUUGCACUCUAUGGUUAUGAUGCCGGUGUUCUGGGUGGCGUCCAGAACACCAAGCCGUUUCUAGAUGCCAUCGACAACCCCACCGACGACUUUACGGUUCCCAUGGUUGCAUCUUCAUAUGUGUUGGCUGCUACGGUGAUUUCGGCAUGUGUCUUUUUCAUCGGUAUGCCUCUUGGAAGAAGGGGCUGCAUUCUCCUCGGUGACCUCUGCGUCGUGGUCGGCGCGGCUCUGCAGGCCAGCGCCAUGUCUGUCCCCCAUAUCAUUGUUGCCCGAUGCCUUUGUGGGUUCGGAGUCGGACUUAUUUCUAGCACUGUCCCAACAUACAUGGCCGAGAUGGGAAUCGAAUCCUCCCAGCGAGGACCGGAGGUUGCGAAGCAGUGCGCUUGGCUCAUCACCGGUAUUGCCAUCGCGUACUGGGUUGACUUUGGCUUCACUCGUAUGGAUAAUCAGCUUUCUUGGCGAUUUCCCAUUGCCUUCCAGGCUGUUUUUGCUGCAGCAUCCGGUCUCCUCCUCUGGCUUCUGCCGGACACUCCGCGUUGGUACUAUGCGCGUGGGCGCAUAGAUGAAGGCGAUGCGGUUCUUGCUCUUCUUCACGACUUACCCACGGAUAGCGAGAAGGUCCAGCAACAAAAGAACGAAAUCCUGACGUCACUCGCCCUGGAGGCUGAGGACGAGAACAAGCUUGACUGGAAGAGCCUCCUAUUCUGGGACAAGACAGAACUGCGAGCUGGUCGCCGCAUCCGUAUCUCUUUCCUUAUUCUUUCUAUUCAACAAAUGAUGGGCAUCAACAUGUUGGUGUAUUACAGCACUAGAAUCUUCGCGAACAUUGGUCUCUCCCCCUUCCUGGCACAACUCCUGGCUGCGGUCAUGAACACCUUGUUUGCCGUCGGGACCUACUUCACCCCUGGCACAAUUGAAAAGUUCGGUCGCCGCCCAAUUAUGAUAUGGACUGCAUUGGUCUGUGGUCUAUCCAUGAUGCUGUUCGUUAUUAUGAUCGGUCUCCCCCAUCAAACCUCAGCGACACAGUGGACUGCUGUCGCGGCUGUCAUUGUAUACAACUUCUCCUACGGAUACGGCUGGGUAGGCUGCCCGUGGCUCUAUGGCCCCGAAAUCGCACCUCUCCGAUACCGUCACAUCAGUGGUGCCGCUGGUUCGCUCGGAGAAUGGUUGUUCUCUUUCAUCACUGUAUUUGCUGGUGGCAUCGGAGUGGACAGGACAGUUUGGAAGAUCUGGGUCUGGCAGAUCAUUGCUUGCUUUGGAGUCAUCCCGUUCGUCUACUAUAUGUGCCCUGAGACCAAGGGUAAAAGUCUCGAGGAAAUUGAUAGCUUAUUCGCAGUACCUGGAUAUUAUCACUCAGCUGGAGCACAGGAGAAAGCCAUACAAAAUGCUGAAACCAUCAGCAACACGUCGCAUCUUGAUGUUGUAAUCGAUGAAAAGAGAGACUAA